AUGGUCACUGUGAGAGACGACUCAGAACCUGAACUGACUACGAAAUGUCAGAUGCUACGUACAUAUUUCGUCAAGAAGCUAUCUUCUGCAGGGUGGUAUACGACAAUUGCCGAAGGCGCAAGGUUCGAUAGUAGUGCGAAGGGUUACAUGGCACAUACAACAGAGUCACAUCCGGGAAGGGGAUUGCUGAUACGCCGUGCACGCUCAUGCAGCGUUUCAGCUGUCUUGCAGUCGAACUGGUAUACAACCCCACUCGAGCUCCUGCGGCUUCGUGCCCAGGGCAAUUCUCUCUUGAACACACCUAGAAGUCUUUCUGUGCGUGAAGCAAUGAUCGCCUACAACCUGCUGCUCUGGUCGUUCAUAAUCCUUGCGGCGGCGAAGAGAGAGGAGGCCACAGAGAUGGGUGAUAUCAGUCUCGGACGGCACUCCGCGAUCUCCUGUGCAGAGUGCGGGAGACGACGAGGUGCAAAGCAUGAGCGAGCGGAGCACUUCAAUGAUAGUGUAGCUGGGGUGAUAGUCCGGAGGAGAGGAGGUACUACAUUAAUGAGUAAUAAUCCCCAGCAGGGACGGUUCGAGGAGACUUAUGACCUCCCGACCGCGCUGCACAACUUUAUGAAAGACUUAUCCCCGCUCCGAGUCCCAUACGUUGAAUCCAAUGCUCCUUCGCCAUUGUCAAGUCUCCCAAUGGAUUUGAUGUACAUUGAACGGUUGGCGGCUGUGGCGAGUACUCACUUUCUUUCUAUCUCGAUGCACUGUCCUAAUACCUCUCAGACUCACUUCAAAGCAAACGAGUGGAGGAUCGAGUAUCUACCGCCUUCGGAUUCUGCAAGCCACAAUCUACAGGCGAUGACUCAGGUUGUUCAUGAAGACAGCAAGGCACCCUCUCUUGAAGGCUCCGGUGUAGGUUCACCGACUGCGAACCCGACGCCUCCUACUGAGGUCCCUGAAGAGGAACAGGGCAGAAGGCGUGUCAUUCAGGAGUUCGCGAAUGACAUUCAGAGUGCCAUAGAAGCCCAAUUGGUGAAACAGGCAGUGCAAUUAAUGAGCCUUGAUGCAAGAUCUAUAUUCGUUGUGAGAGUCAAAGAAGAGUCGCAUUGGACACUUCGCUUCCUGGUUACACGCAUCAAUGAAGAUGGGACAGAGGAGAAGUAUCUGUUGUCUCCUUCAAUAGGGCAUUUUCCCCUUGACUGGAGAGCAUAA